UCACACACACACUCCCUGCCUGCCUCACCCUUCUGAAGUUAAUGCCGCCCAAACAGAUUAUUGUCACGCUAAGCCUUGCUUCACUGGCUUUAAUCUCUUUCUCUCAGGCUCUCCUCUGGUUGUUGUGAUGCAUCUCAGAUACCACUGUGUAAAUGACUGUGCAGGUAGCAAAGCUAACAGUAAAACUACUCCUACCAAGCCAUGGUCAAGUUCUUGACUGCUUUUCUAGGUCUCAGAUAAGGGAAACCCUCAAUAAGCCAGAGCUCAAUGUUGGGCUCGAUACUUAUUAUUUAUGCAGUGCCCAGACUUUGCUUGGUACCUUACAGAGCACAGAAUAAGAUAGGUCCUGGUCCAUAUGCUUCAGUGCUCAUGGCGUACAAAUGUAUCUGAGCCUGGGGCAUGAGGAUGACAGCAGUCUCGCCACUCACACUCAGGCAGGGCUAGGAAGUGUUUUUAGGUCACUUAUAAAAAGCUCUUGUACUCAUUUUUUUAAAAAAAAACUCUAAGAAGAUAUUUUAAGUCAUUCAGCAAAUAGUUCAGUCUCAGUAAAGUUAACCCCUUAACGUAAAUUCAGCAAUUGCUCCAUCACUAAUGAGUAAUUGCAGAUGUGGCUACUUCAUAUCAGUCUGAUAAUCUCAGAGAAACUUGUCAUUGGUUAUUGAGACUAGCUUUAAAACAAGGCACAGUGAACUCUGCUUUAUUAUACCAGAACUGUUGCUGCUUGGUGAACUAACCACACACUCUAAACUAUCAAGAAACAGAGGAGGCAUGAAAAUUGAAGUUUGAUUUGUGCUGACACAUUUACAAUGGGAAAGGACAUCUGGCGAGUGUGCCUCCAACUCUGCUUUAUUGCCAUUGUGUUCUCCAGAAGAGAGGAAGGAAGAGCAGAAUUUCCUGGCAACCUGAGCUGCCUGAAUAACUACCUCUACCGAGUAGACUGUACAUGGGAGACAGACGGGAGAGUGGGGGAUGGACCCUUUCACGUGCAUUUCACAAACGCCGUCAUGCUGGAUGAGAAUUACAGCUGCACACUGACUGCCAGAGACGAGCUGCACAGCCAGCAUCACUGCACAAUGAACAUGGCGGAGAGGUUCACGCAGCAGGACAAUUACAGCAUCUCGCUACAAGGCGGUUUCUCUGGGAGGAAUCGUACAUACAUUGCUUUCCCAGAAUAUGAACCCAGUCUGAACAUUAAGUGUGAUCCCCCCUUCAACCUGCAGAGCAACAUCAGUGCCAGUAAGUGCCAGCUCUGGUGGAGUGUGCCAUGGAGUCUAGAGAAUAUUCUUCAGUAUGAAUUGGAGUAUAAGGAACACAACACAUCCUGGGAGCAGGCACAGCACAAACAGCUGUUCAACUCAGUGACAAAGGUAGAAAUCGAGGCCCUGGAGUUUGAAGCAGGCAUCAUUUAUACUGCGAGAGUUCGCUGCAAAACUUCCCAAGCAGAGGAAGGUUAUAAAAGUCAGUGGAGUGAGUGGAGCCAGACAACUGAAUUUCAAAGAGCAGCCCCCCCAGGUUUUUUACAGGUGCCCAAAAAGUUCUUUCACAGAAGCAUGAUACAGAUUUUGUUCAUUCCUCUAUGUCUUGGUGUCAUACUCUACAUAAUUUUGAACUUCAAGCUUUCCUCAAGGGCAAAGAACAUCUUCUGCCUGAAUGUUCCCACCCCAGCUGCUUUCUUCCAGCCUCUCUACACCUUACACAAUGGGAAUUUUAAGGACUGGAUUGGACCUAAGGAGACAUGUGGCCAGCUCAGAAGAGAUGACGAUAACAACCCAAGCAAAGUGACUAUGGAUGGAGUUCCUGGUCUAAGUGCUCAUGAUGUCAUUUCCCAGCUCUCCUUCAAGUCAUUGUCAAAGACCAAAAUGAUUCCUCAGGAGGACCCUUGUGGCCCUGCCUCUAGGCCCGACCAGCAGUACCUCCGGAGCAGGUAUGUGAGUGUGGAAGAGGUGGAAGCCAGGCUGCCAUCAUUGUUCCUACAAAACCACACCGAUGACGCAGGUGCCCUGGACUUCUCUGAAAGAAGCGAAACCAACCUUGGCAGCCCAGACAUGAGUGGGAACCAUCCUCCAUAUUUACGGGACGGUCAGGGUGACUUCUUUAUGCCACAGGAGUCUCUGGAGCUGGAAAGUUUGUCCUUCUGUAGUAAUGACUAUUGCACCUUGUGUGGCAGUUACUCCGCAGGUGGUCCAAUUCCUGCUGCACUGCUACAGCUCACCGAGGAGGAUGGUCAGGUCAAGCAUUAGAAUGAUGGGAAUGACAGACUCUCACUGAAAGCUGUUGCAUAUACAAAUCACCAGGUCUGCCACAUCCACCAGCUGGACCAUCUGAACCUCUUGUGCAGUUACAGGCUCUAUUAAAUUUUGGGCCAGAUCUGGAGAUCCUUUCUUAAAAGCAAGUUAUGUCUAGUCCCGGCACAGUUGGCCCAAAGAGGGCAGGCACAAGCAGCCCCCUUCUCUUGCUGCCCCCCUCAGUGCGGGGGCUGAGCACAAUCACAGUUUCUGUGACCAGGUGAGCUAGGUCUGUACCAACCUAGCAACAUGCUAGGCUCCCCAAGAGAGGCUGGACCAUGUCUUUCCCCCACACCAGCCAUGGAGCUGACUGGUAGCAGAACUCCUCAUGCACCCUCUGGAGGGAUGUAACAGAAGGCACACCCUCCCUUUGUGCCU